AUGGCGGGGGGAAGGAACAGUACAAUAGUUACAAAGUUCAUUCUCUUGGGAUUCUCUGAAUUUCCAAAGCUCGCCAGUGUUCUUUUUUCAAUAUUCCUAGCGAUCUACCUCAUGACUGUGUCCUGGAACCUAGGCCUCAUCACUCUCAUCAGGGUGGACUCACAUCUGCACACACCUAUGUACUUUUUCCUCAGUAACCUGUCCUUGCUGGACAUCUGCUAUGUUUCCACUAUAGCUCCCAAGAUGCUCUCAGAUUUCUUCAAGAAGCAGAAAUACAUCUCCUUUGUGGGGUGCACUAUACAGUACUUCUUCUUCUCUAGCCUGGGUCUGACUGAGUGCUGUCUCCUGGCUGCCAUGGCUUAUGACCGAUAUGCUGCCAUUUGUAAUCCUCUGCUCUACACCGCCAUCAUGUUGCCCACCCUCUGUGUGCAGAUGGUGGGGGGAUCUUGUGUAAUUGGAUUCUGUGGCUCAUUUAUCCAACUGUAUGCCUUACUUCAGCUUCAUUUCUGUGGGCCAAAUGUCAUCAACCAUUUCUUUUGUGAUCUUCCCCAGUUGCUGAUCCUAUCCUGCUCUGACACCUUUUUCUUUCAAAUCAUGACCUCUGUGCUCACAGUGAUCUUUGGGCUCACAUCUGUCUUGGUUAUCAUGAUAUCCUACGGUUAUAUUGUUGCCACCAUUCUGAAGAUCACCUCAGCUGAAGGCAGGUCCAAGGCCUUCAACACCUGUGCUUCUCACCUGACAGCUGUGGCUCUCUUCUUUGGCUCAGGUAUCUUUGUUUAUAUGUAUCCUAACUCUGGUGAUUCCCUGAGCCAAAACAAGUUGGCAUCAGUUUUAUACACUGUUUUAAUCCCCAUGCUAAAUCCAUUGAUCUAUAGCUUGAGGAACAAGGAAAUCAAAGAUGCCCUAAACAGAAGGAAGAAGAGAAUCUUUUUCUGUUGUUACUAA